GUGGGCAGCGGGCCCGCGGGCUUCUACACGGCUCAGCACAUCCUCAAGCACCAUGGCGGGGCCCAGGUGGACAUCUAUGAGAAGCUGCCUGUUCCCUUCGGGCUCGUCCGUUUUGGGGUGGCCCCAGACCACCCCGAAGUGAAGAACGUGAUCAACGCCUUCACGCAGACGGCGCGCUCGGAGCGCUGCGCCUACUACGGGAAUGUCACUGUGGGGAGGGACGUCAUGGUGGCGGAGCUGCGACAGGCUUACCACGCCGUGGUGCUGAGUUACGGUGCUGAAGAUAACCGGGUCCUGGGGAUCCCAGGGGAGAAUCUGUCUGGUGUUUAUUCAGCCCGAGCCUUCGUGGGCUGGUACAACGGGCUGCCCGAGAACCGGGAUCUGAAGCCCGACCUGAGCUGUGAGACGGCGCUGAUUCUGGGUCAUGGCAACGUGGCACUGGAUAUCGCCCGGAUCCUUCUGUCCCCACUGCAUCUCCUCAGAAAGACGGACAUCACUGACAGCUCCCUGUCAGCUCUCGCCUGCAGCAAGGUGAAGCGUGUCUGGCUGGUUGGGAGGAGGGGACCUCUCCAAGUUGCUUUCACAAUCAAGGAGCUACGGGAGAUGAUAAACCUACCCGGUGCCAGACCUGUCCUGAACCCUGCUGACUUCACAGGCCUUGAAAAUGCUGUUAAAGAUGCCCCCAGGCCCAGGAAGCGACUGACUGAGCUGAUGAUCAAAACAGCCCUGGAGAAGACAGCCGAGGUGCAGGCAGCAGCCCCCCGGGAGUGGGGGCUGAAGUUCCAGCGCAGCCCUCAGGAGGUGCUGCCCACGGCUGACGGGAGACGGGCGAGGGGCGUCCGCAUGGCCCUGACCCGCUUGGAGGGCUCAGGGGACUCAGCCAAAGCCAUCCCCACGGGAAAUGUGGAGGAGCUGGAGUGUGGACUGCUGGAUCUGUCACUCGGGGACAGGGCAAAGACUUGGAGCCAGCAGGGUCCAUGGGCACGUGCUGGCCUGAGCCUUGUGCUCUGUGUGCCCGCAGGUCUGUACUGCAGUGGCUGGGUGAAGAGAGGACCCACGGGCGUGAUCAUCACCACCAUGAAUGACAGCUUUGACACUGCCCAGUCAGUGCUGGAGGAUCUUCAGGUGGGCGCGCUGGACACGUCCACCUCCAGAGAAGGCUUUGGUGCUGUGGAGAGCAUCCUGCGCAGCCGAGGGGUCCGUCCUGUUUCCUUCUCGGACUGGGAGAAGAUCGACGCCGCUGAAGUGGCAAGAGGCAAAGCUGCUGGCAAACCCCGGGAGAAGAUUGUGGAUCUUCAGGAGAUGCUGCAGCUGAUUGGGCACUAA